CCUUACGCUCGCCGCUCCACUUUGGCCUCUUCUUCCUUCCUCUCCCAUCGUCCCGUCUCCCGAGAGCCAUGAUCUUGGGGGCUCCCUCCGCUCUCUUUCUGCGCUCGCCCUCCGCCAAGGCCUCUCCCAGUGGCGCCGCGUAUUGGCUGCGGUCUGGCCUGAGAGUUCCGAGGGAACGAGCGAGGAAUGGGUCCGUGGUCGCCAUGGCGGCCGGCGAGACCAACAGCCGCCCCAUGACCGGCGUGGUGUUCGAGCCCUUCGAGGAGCUCAAGCAGGAGCUGGCCUUCGUACCCUCCGUGCCCGAUAAGUCCAUCGCCCGGCAGAAGUACUCCGACGAGUGCGAGGCCGCAAUCAACGAACAGAUCAAUGUUGAAUACAGUGUAUCGUAUGUCUAUCAUGCCUUGUUUGCAUACUUCGAUCGUGACAAUGUUGCUCUAAAAGGCCUUGCCAAGUUCUUUAAGGAAUCAAGUGAUGAAGAACGGGAACAUGCAGAUAAAUUAAUGGAGUACCAGAAUAUGCGUGGAGGCAGAGUGAAGCUCCAGUCAAUUAUGAUGCCCUUGAAUGAGUUUGAUCACCCUGAAAAAGGAGAUGCACUGUAUGCGAUGGAGAUUGCCUUGUCUCUCGAGAAGUUGACAAAUGAAAAGCUUCUUAAUUUGCAUAAAGUAGCAGAACGGUGUAAUGAUAUUCAGAUGGCAGACUUCAUUGAGACCGAGUUUUUGGGAAAGCAGGUAGAAGAUAUAAAGAAGAUCUCCGAGUAUGUUGCUCAACUAAGAAGGGUGGGGAAAGGACAUGGAGUGUGGCAUUUCGAUCAGGUGCUUUUAGGUGAAGGAGAAGAUGUGGCUGCUUGAGGAAACAUGUUACCUUCUCAUCCUGCAUGCUUCUGUUACAUGAGCGAGUCCUUUACAUGCUUUUGUUGCUCGAGGAAACAUGUUGUAGCUAAGUAGAUCACUCUAGUCCGGCUUAGUUGACGCGUUUAAUCGAUGGUAUUAGCCAUGAUUCGACACUAA